GGGCCGGGGUCGGGGUCGGGGUCGGGCCCGGAGCGGGCGGGCGCCAGGCCCCCAGGCCCCGCCGCGACUGGCCACAGCUUCCGGAAGGUGACGCUAACCAAGCCCACCUUCUGCCACCUCUGCUCCGACUUCAUCUGGGGGUUGGCCGGCUUCCUGUGCGACGUCUGCAACUUUAUGUCCCACGAGAAGUGCCUGAAGCACGUGAAGGCCCCCUGUUCGAGUGUGGCGCCCAGCCUGGUCCAAGUCCCUGUGGCCCACUGCUUCGGCCCCCGAGGGCUCUACAAACGCAAGUUCUGUGCUGUGUGCCGCAAGGCCCUGGAGGCGCCCGCGCUCCGCUGCGAAGUGUGUGAGCUGCACGUUCACCCCGACUGUGUGCCCUUCGCCUGCAGCGACUGCCGCCAGUGCCACCGGGACGGGCACCGGGACCACGACACGCACCACCACCACUGGCGGGAGGGGAACCUGCCCUCUGGUGCGCGCUGCGAGGUGUGCCGGAAGACAUGUGGCUCCAACGACGUGCUGGCGGGUGUGCGCUGCGAGUGGUGUGGCGUGCAGGCCCACUCGGUCUGCUCCGCGGGGCUCGCUCCCGAGUGCACGUUCGGGCGCUUGCGCACCAUGGUCCUGCCCCCCGCGUGCGUGCGCCUGCUGUCCCGCAACUUCAGCAAGAUGCACUGCUUCCGCAUCUCUGAGAGCCCGGGCCCGGAGCCGGGCGAGGGCGAAGACGGCGCGGACAGAGGCACCCCCGCCGGCCUGGGCCGAGAGGUGCUGCCCCCGGAAUCCAGCAAGCAGACCCUGAAGAUCUUUGAUGGCAAUGAUGCCCUGCAGCGAAACCACUUUCGAGUCAUCACUGUCCCCCGCCUGGCCAGGGGUGAGGAGGUGCUGGAGGCGGCGCUGCGGGCUUACUAUGUCACCGAGGACCCUCGAGACUUUGAGCUGCAGGCCCUCCCCCCGCCUGCGCUGGCCGGUGACACCGGGGCCACCGGGGCGGGGGAAAAACCCUGGAGCAGUGAGAUGGCAGAGGAGGAGGGCGGCAGAGGCCCCGGGGCCCGAGAGGAGGUGCCCGAGGCCUGGAUCAUCCGUGCUCUGCCCCACACCCAGGAGGUCCUGAAGAUCUACCCUGCCUGGCUCAAGGUGGGUGUGGCCUACGUGUCCAUCCUCGUGACUGCACAGAGCACUGCCCGGACCGUGGUGCUGGAGGUCCUCCCGCUGCUCGGGCGCCAGGCCGAGGGUCCUGAGAGCUUCCAGCUGGUGGAGGUGCUCAUGGGUAGCAGGCAAGUCCAGCGGACAGUGCUGGAGGAGGACGUGCCGCUGCUCCGCCGGCUUCGUGACAUCCGGCAGACUUCGCUGCGGCAGAUGAGCCAGAUGCGGUUCUACGUGGCCGAGCGCAGAGCCGCGGCCCCGCGUGUCUGCCUGUUCGUUGGAGGCCUGCCUCCUGGCCUGCCUGCCCAGGAGUACAGCAGCCUGCUGGACGAGGCUGUGGCCACCAAAGCCGGCCUGGUGACCGUGAGCCACGUCUAUUCCUCCCAAGGUGCAGUGGUGCUGGACGUGACCUGCUUUGCAGAGGCUGAGCGACUGUACAUGCUGGUCAGGGACACAGCUGUGCACGGCCGGCCGCUCACUGCCCUGGUGCUCCCGGACGUGCUGCACAUGAACCUGCCCCCAGACUGCUGCCCCCUCCUCGUGUUUGUGAACCCCAAGAGUGGAGGCCUCAAGGGCCGUGACCUCCUAUGCAGUUUCCGGAAGCUGCUGAACCCGCACCAGGUCUUUGAGCUGACCAAUGGGGGGCCUCUUCCUGGGUUCCACAUGUUCUCCCAGGUGCCCUGCUUCCGGGUGCUGGUAUGCGGUGGGGAUGGCACUGUGGGUUGGGUGCUCGCUGCCCUGGAGGAGAUGCGGCACCAUCUGGCCUGCCCAGAGCCUUCUGUGGCCAUCCUGCCUCUGGGCACAGGGAAUGACCUCGGCCGGGUCCUCCGCUGGGGCGCGGGCUACAGUGGAGAGGACCCGUUCUCUGUGCUGGUGUCCGUGGAUGAGGCUGAUGCUGUGCUCAUGGACCGCUGGACCAUCCUGCUGGAUGCGCAGGAGGCUGCAGGUGCCGAGAACGGCGUGGCAGACGUGGAGCCCCCCAAGAUCGUGCAGAUGAGUAACUACUGCGGCAUUGGCAUCGACGCCGAGCUAAGCCUGGACUUCCACCACGCACGGGAGGAGGAGCCCGGCAAGUUCACAAGCAGGCUCCACAACAAGGGCGUGUACGUGCGGGUCGGGCUGCAGAAGAUCAGCCGCUCCCGAGGCUUGCACCGGGAGGUCCGCUUGCAGGUGGAGCAGCAGGAGGUGGAGCUGCCCAGCAUCGAGGGUCUCAUCUUCAUCAACAUCCCCAGCUGGGGCUCGGGGGCCGAUCUGUGGGGCUCUGACAGCGACUCGAGGUUCGAGAAGCCACGCAUGGAUGACGGGCUGCUAGAGGUGGUGGGGGUGACGGGUGUCAUGCACAUGGGCCAGGUCCAGGGCGGGCUGCGCUCUGGCAUCCGCAUCGCCCAGGGCUCCUACUUCCGCGUGACUCUCCUGAAGGCCACACCUGUGCAGGUAGAUGGUGAGCCCUGGGUCCAGGCUCCGGGGCACAUGAUCAUCUCAGCUGCAGGUCCAAAGGUCCACAUGCUCAGGAAGACCAAGCAGAAGCCCAGGAAGGCUGGGACCCCCAAGGACGCCCGAGCAGAUGGUGUGCCUGUCCUUGAAAGGGACCCCAAGUAGCAGAGUGCCCCGGAACAGUCUGACUGACCAGCACCUGCCACAGCCCGCCAUGGAUAGACUUGCCCACAGCUCUGAGUACCGGCCUCUCCCCUCAUCCCUGUGACACAUGGAAGCUGCUGGAGGGUUGGCAGGUGUUUUCUCCCUGGCUUCCGAUGACAAGGUGGCUGCGGGGCUUCGGCUGGCCAAUGCUCUCGCCUCCUGGGGUCCAGGCCACUAUCCUGGGUGGCAGGCACUUUUCCCUUUGCAUCCACCCCACCACCACCACCUCUGAGGCUGUUGAGCUGGGCAGCACGGAAUCCCAGACCAUCCCCCCUGGAUGCCCCUACAGGGCAGCCAGCUCUGUGGGCCCUGGGUGUGCCUAGUACAGGCCCAUGAUGCCCCAGCCACGAGGGCUGGGCAGGGGCACCUGCUGGGUCUUGGGGGAAGGGGCCUCCUGGCCUGGCUCCAUCGCUGUAUGAGCUGCAGGGCCCAGGCAGGGUCUGGCUGGGGCCCUGCAGUGAGAGGGCUGCACAUGUGGAGGUGGCCCGAGACCAGGUGGGCUUGGCCAACAGCCUGCAGAUGGUGGUGUGGUGCCCAGGAAGGAGUGCAGCAGGUCUAGAAGGGACCAGGGCUGCCUGGAGACGCAGAGGAAGUUUACAAAGUGUGAAGUGGGAGGAGCCAGCUUUAAUCAUCUGCAUGUCAACAAUCAGCCCGUGUCUGUUCCACUGACCAGGCUCCUGGGUCUCCAUGCUGCUGCUCGCAGGGACGCAGGGACGGAGAUGUGGCAGGAGGGCUGUGGGGGCAGGGCAGACCACUUGCAGUGUCCUUCCACCAGGCAGAGUUCAGCUGGCCCAUGAAGUCUGGCCUCAGGCCCCAGGAGGAGUGUCUCCUGAGACCCCAGGAAGGCCCACGGACCUUUCUCCCUCCCGUCCUGGCCCUCUGCUCCUGGCGCCACCUGGCCGGGCUUGGCCCUGCCAGCCACGUCCCCCAAGCUUCUGCCAAAACUGCACAAAUGCACUGUAGUGGCCAUUUGUGGCAAACAUUCAUAUCGCGUGCCUCCAGCCCACGGCUGUGUGUUGUAUUCCUGUUGGUGUCAUUAUUUUGCUGUGCAUUAUUUUUGCUGUGCCUUGGCGUUGGUCUUGGUCUGUGGUGUCUGUAUGUAGUGGCCAGAGUGAGUCUGUCCUUCUGUAUUUAAGUGAGUCUGUGUGGGCUUGGCACCAAGGCCGUGUGUGUACCUUGUCACUACCUGAAUGUAACCAUAAUUUAUACCCAGGACAAAUAUAGUCUGGGCACCGCUGGCCUGCUCCUG